CGUGUGUAAUACUACAUAAGUCGAGUUUGAUUUGUGUGCUACAACACACUUGAUGUUGAAUCAAGUAGGAGUUAACUUUUUAAAAAGUCAAGUUUAUACUUAAUAAUAAGUAGUCUGCUACUUACGCGUACUCACAAUUGGUGGCUAUCAGCAUAAAUAAUAGUGUUGUAAUAGAAGAAAUUAAUAAUUUCCUGGGUACAUGUAGGUUUAAAGUUGCGGAAUUAUUGUAAGUCGCUUAGUUGUUAAAUAAUAAUGAGGAAUAUUAUGUGUCUUCUUGUUGAAUAUUGAUUUGUCCUACUUGACACGACACGGCCUUUUCUGAUUGUUGAUUGUGGGACGUAUGUAUAAAUUUUAUAGGAUACGACUCCUCUUAAUAAUUCCUCGUUGUAUUCUAAAUUGAGAAAUCAACCUUGUUCCAAAGCUUUAAUAGUGAGACUGAAUUUAUUUUGAUACGGGUGAUUAAACCAAAUUUUUGAUGGUUUAAAGGAAUCAUUAAAUAGUUAGGAUUUCUGUACAUUCUCCGAUAAGGCAAAUUUACGACACAUUCCUCCGUUAAGAGUGUAAUAUAUUAUUGAGUGAGCAUUCCAGUUCCAUAAAAAAAAUAUUGGGUAGUAAUUUCAUUCUUAGUUGGUGAAAAAUCUGUCAAAGUUUAAGUUGGGUUUAGGAAGUAGAGUGUAUGGUAGUUAGCUAAAUAGGAUAUUAGAUAGAUGAACCUUGCCGAGGUAUGGGAAUAAGAAAUGACGGUGGAUUUCAGUGAUCACUUCUGGGGCGAGGGUCCAAAGAAUAGUGGGGUCGAUGUAUUAUUUCAAAACUUAAAGUAUGGAGUUACAACUUCCAGAGAUGUGGGUGACUUUCUUCGUGAAAGGUCCACCCUGGAAGAGUCUCAUUCCCGAGCGUUGGGCAAAUUGGCAAAAACUGCAUCAAAUGGCUGUUCCCAAGGGUCCUUCUCUCCACUUUGGCAGUUCCUUAAAACUUCUUCUGAGAAAUUGGCAAGUGCUCACGUCCAAAUGGCGCAGAAAGUGGACGAGCUGAUGAAAGAGCUUAGCAAGUAUGCGGAUGAGUUACAAAAGAAACACAAAUCCGUAAAAGAAGACGAAGCUUCCACAAUUGAAGCAGUUCAAAUGUACCAAAAUUCCAAAAGCAUGGUUUCAAAAACGAAAGCAAUUUAUAUGCAACGAUUCGUCGAGUUUGAGAAAUGUCAGAAAGACAACAUGUCACAAAAGGAAACUGAGAAGGCUGACGUCAAGAUGAGGAAAGCUCACGAAGAGUACAAGUCCUGGGUGGAAAAAUAUCAAAUUUGUACAGAAGACUACCUCGUAAAGUUCUCUAAAGCGUGCCAAAGAUUUCAAAAUCUUGAAGCAAUAUAUUUGAAGCAGAUGAAAGACUUUUUAAAUAGUUAUGCUACUUUGAUGGAAAACAAUCACGAAGUUAUUGGACAAAUUCAUGUCGAAUUCCGAGAAAUGUGCUCUCAACUAAGCGUAGAAGAAUUACUGUUAAAAUUUGUGACUCACAAAGCCACAGGAAAAGACAGACCAAGUGCUUUGGAUAUCGCCGAAGAUGUUCUCCCCACUGCGGAUGCAAUAAGCCAACGAAGUGGGAGUUCGGAAGACAAAUCUUCCAUUGACAGAGCUCCAAUUCCGAGUGAGAAGAAACGGGAAGGGUUUCUUCGAGGCAGAAAUAAGGGAAAGAAAAAAGACAAGAAAAAUGAGCAAAGUGAAAAAGACGACAAAUCUGAUGGUGAUGACAAGGAAGUGAAUCACAAACCUGCAGCCGCAGAGGAAGUAGACGACGAGGGGUACAGCGUUCGACCUCAACAAUUGGGAUGGGAGACGGAAAAAAAUAAUUUCUACUCCAGCUCAGAUACUGACUCAGAUGAAGAACCGGAACGGCGUCUGCAUGUAGAAAUCAAGCCGUUAACGAAUGGAACUGCUCCAUUGAGUGCAAGUGUGGAUGAACUGCGGACAACGAUUGAGAACAUUACACUUUCCCCAAUGGGACUUAACGGCCGGAGGAUGAAUAUCGAAGUCGAAAAUAAAAUGAAACGGUCACAAUCCGUUUCGCAACAAAUUGGAGGACCAUCAUCACCAUCGACACAUCCUUACACACCUCUCAGCCCUCCAAUUGUACCAACUUCCACAAAUCAAAAUAAUAACACAACGUCUCGCUAUGCAGAUUUGGGCGAUUUAUUUGCCGAAGUGGGAGAGAUACAGCCUUCUUCAGUCUUCACAAAUGCUACCACAAGGACCAGAAGCACGCCUACUCCGAGUGGAACGGCGAUUCCACGUCCUUCUUCACGUCCACAAAUGUCACAGAUGUUAAACCAACGCAAUAUUAACACUCCGUCUCCCAGCAUCGUGUCACGGGCGGACAGCGUGAGCAGCAUAGAUUCACGAAACAUUGGUCACUUUACAGGGUCUCGUGGUCCCUCGCCUUUAACACUGGGCAUGCAUGAUGCCACUCCAUUAGCCGUUGCAUUCCACGAAAUCAUCCAUGCGUACUUCAAAGGGAAUGAUGAGACAAAGUGCCAAAUAAAAAUGACGGGUGAUAUGAUGGUGUCUUUUCCGGCCGGGAUUAUCCAAGUUUUUGCAAAUAAUCCUUCGCCAGCUCAGUUGAAAUUCAAAGUUAGGAGUAAACAGCUUUUAAAAAAUUUGGAGUCAAAACCGGAUUUGGUUCAAGUGGAGUCGGAUGGGAACGAAUUGACCUUUGAGUUUAAAAUGAGUGCCUUGAUUAGUAUAUUAAAAUCACAGGCGGAGAAAAAUCCUUCCGCUUCAUAUUUCAACGUAGACAUUUUCAAAUACCAAAUUCAACCUAAACCUGGCGCUGCAUCGUGUCCUCUUCAUUUAGUAGCGUUCUGGAAAUGUGAGGAGAAACAGACAGACCUCAGAAUUGACUACAAGUACAACAGCCAUGCGACAGAAAUCAUUUCAUCGGAAACAUUGCCCAAUCUAAAAGGUGACUCUGCGGGGGCUACUUUGCUUCAGGUGUGCAUCGCAGCCCCUGUUGACGGUGGGGUUAAAUCGUUACAGUCAAAACCUACGGGACAAUGGUAUCCUACUUCAAAUCGAGCAUGUUGGAAAAUUCCGUCUUUGUCAUCCACUUCAGAAAACUUGGGAGUUGGGUCUUUACGGGCCCGGUUUGAAAUAACUAGCGGGCCAAGCUCUCGUGGAACAAUCGCAGCUCAAUUUAGUUGUGAAAGUUGUACAUUAUCCGGGAGCGAUUUUGAACUAAUGACCCCUGCCUACAGAGUGUCCCUGGUUAAGAAGCGCUUUGUUUCCGGUAAAUACAUAUGUGACGCGGAGGAUACUUCACAUCGGUACUCCACUCUACCACCGGACUCUCCAUCCUUUCAAGCCUGAUGAUAAAUGAUCGGCCUGAAUCCAAUGUUAUGACGUUGGUAGUUAUUAUUUUACUUAUUUUGAUACCCAAGAUAUGACAAUUUUGUGAUAAAGUGUUUGAUACGAGCCGCAAACCAAAAUAAACUGUUUCAAAUUUAUAUAUUGUACGCACGUCUGGUGGUUUCAUUUGAAAGGGGGGAAAUAUAAUGCAAUCGCAAGAAUUAAUGUUUGCCACUAUUAAUUUUGUUACACUCUUCAUGCCUAAAAUUGAAUAAAUGUAGCGACAAAAGCAA